AUGCUGCGCUCCUCGCUCAUCCGAGCUUCGACGAGCUCGGCUGCCGUCAUCCCAUCGGCCGCGACACGUCAAGCCGUGCGUUUCUCGCGCCCUGCCUCCCUCGUGUGCAUCAAGCAGCAGUCUCGCAAGGUCCAUGCCGUCUCGAACCCGACACUCGCCAAUAUCGAGAAGCGGUGGGAGGACAUGCCGCCGCAGGAGCAGGCCGAUUUGUGGAUGACCCUUCGGGACCGGAUGAAGGCCGACUGGAACGAGUUGACCCUGCAGGAGAAGAAGGCUGCCUACUGGAUCGCCUUUGGCCCCCACGGCCCCCGCGCUCUUCCACCUCCAGGCGAGACCACCAAGGUUGUUCUAUACACAUUCCUCGGUGUUGUUGCAUCAGGGGUCCUGUUCUGGGGCACCCGAUACUUCGCUAACAAUGAGGUACCGCGGACCAUGACCAAGGAGUGGCAAGAGGCAUCAGAGGAGUACCUGAAGGCACAAGGAUCCGAACCCAUCACCGGCUACAAGGGCAUGCUCGUCCAAAGCAAACCCGGCCCCAAGGGCCAGUUCGACGAGGACGACGAGUAG